GUCAUCUGUCGGCCCGCACGCGCACUGUGUCGCCCGCACGCGCACUGUUCGCACGCACUUUACGUCUCACUGUCCAGAUGACAGGAUUUUUUAUAAGUGCAUACAGAUGUUUGUCUAUUAAUUUAUCGACUUAAGUGUACAUGUGCUACAAUGCUGCUCUCCGAUAUAUUAUGUUACGCUUUUCUAACUGUCACAAUAACCAUCAGCUGCACUCAGGCAGACUACAAAAGUCAAGAAUAUGAACUAAGCGAUGACAAAGAACGAAAACAAAUAGUAAAACGGGACGCGCCUCUCGUCAUCGACCACUUUCCCUAUCGACCUAUUCUUAAACAUAGACCCAAAUUUAUUUAUAAAAGAGUAUCAAACCCCAAAUAUAGGAGUCCAAAACCUGCAUACGGAGUUACUAGAACAAAACAACGAUCUGCUAAACCGAGCAGAAAAGUUAUGAGGAAAUACAGGAAGAGUGUUAAUCCUAAAUACAGCCCGCCGAGCCAUUACAAGCGCCCGCCAAAAAUUCGUUACGCAAACCCGAGGACCCAAGACUUCAAACCUUUAUAUGGUCUAUUGAAAAGAAGUCCUGAUUUUUCAUUCACUCCUAAACCCGCAGGAUUCGGAGAGCCACCAAACGAUUACUACGUUGAGAAGAAAAGUAAAAUGAAUUAUGGAGAACCGCCAGAUGUCUAUAGAAGUCAAAUAAAAGUAGUGCCAGAUGUUCCGAAAUUCGCUCGGCAAAAGUUUUUAGACUCAAUCGAUACCGAGGAACAUGAUUAUUUAGAGCAGAAGGCAAAAAAGAAGGAACCCAUUUACUUCAAUGAUUUUGACGGUAAUUACGCGUCAUCCGAAAAUCAUCAAUUGACUCAAAUACGUGGCCCUGAAUAUGAGAUUAACAAAAACAUGAAAAGAAAUUAUGGUGAUCGACCAGACAUUCAUACGAGUCAGGUAAAAACAGUGGCAAAGAUUCCAAGCCCGCCCCGACAAAAGUUAUCCGAUCCAAUCGAUUUGGAUGAGCCGGAUUAUUUAGACCACAAAUCAAAAAUUAUAGAUACCAUAUACUUGAAUGAUUUCGAUGAAAAUUUCGGAACUCCUGAGAAAAGUCGUCCAAAGGUAAGGAGUCCUGAUUACCAAGUACCCCUAGGUAUAGAUGACGAUGAGAAUAUAUUUUCUGAUGUGUACAAUUCAGAGAAAACGUUAAAGAUGGAUAUGUUUAAUAAAAGGAAGAAACAGAAGAGAGCUGAAAGGUUUAAGGGAAGGAGUAAGCCUGUUAAAUCAUCAUUGAUAAGAGACGAGGCAGAGGAUGACGUAAUAGUUGGUGGGAGGUACGCGGAGCCCCCGGGUAGACAUUACGCUAAUUACAAUUCCCGAGGGAUGAUGGCUGAUGAUGAAAACUUUGCUCCACCCGGUGCGGUGGACCCAGAUGUUGCAUCAUCAGCGACGAUGUCACCUUACAUUAAUUAUAAACAUAGCAACUUAGCAUUUAGUCCACAAAAUCUUAAUGAUGCAUUUAGUAUAGUUGAGUAGUUAAUAAGUGUAAGCCAACGUGAAUGUUAAAAUUGGACAAUUAAUAAAUUUAAAUUUAGAGUAGAUAUUAAAAAUAUUUAAGGACUAUUUAAUAAGAUAUUUUAAAAUAUGCCAAGUAUUACAAAGAAGCUCAGGAAAGGAGUGGAAUAAUUCGCAUUUAUUUACUUUAAUUUUAGGUACUCGAUCAUUUUAGUUUUUUAAUGGGGAAUAUGCGGUGAAAAAAUCUGAUAUUAUGACAACGUUUUUGCAUAAUCUUUAUCUUAUUACAAUAUAACAUUUCUAUAUCUUGAAUAAAUACUCGUAAAUUUCUUGCAUCAAGACA